AUGGCUGCUCCUUCAAGCUCUGUUGUUACCGUCGAUCCCGAUGGAGAUCUGGUACUCCUUUUAGAGCUGAUGCCAAUUCGUGAAUCGAAUGAAUCCAGCUCAAAACCUCAGAUCAACGUUCCUAACGCAAACGUUUUCAGUCCAGAGGCAGCCAACAGCCCUGGAGAAACACAAAAUGUGUGUACUCAAACGUUCAAGUCUAAAGUACUGGUCUCUUCAAAGCAUAUGUCGUUUGCUUCACCAGUAUUUAAAGCUAUGUUGACAGGAGAUUUCAAGGAGGCUGUUGAACUCAGGGAGAAAGGUAGAAUCGAGAUACCACUUCCAGAUGAUGAUGCAAGUGCUAUGAUCACAUUGGUUAAUAUUAUACAUGGCCGCUUCAAAUCAGUCACGAAAAAUCCCGGUUUAGCUUUGUUUACUGAAAUCGCAAUCUUGGUUGACAAAUAUCAAUGCCAUGAGCCGACCGAGUUGGCAGUUAAGGUUUGGAUCGCCAACCAUCGUCUACUUCCAUGGAGUCAGAGCUGGAGCUGGUACGGUACUGCUUGCUGGAUAUGUGUGGCAUGGGUAUUUGGAAUAGAUGAUGAGUUCAAAGAAGCGACAGAGAAGAUCAUCAGGGAAAGUGGUGUGGGCCUUGGAGCAAUACUAAAGGAGAAUGAUCUAGAUUUUCCUAUCCCAGAAAGGGUUAUCAAUAAGAUAGAUAAAAGCCGUGAGAAUGCCGUAAGCCAACUCAUCAACGUUCUCAAGGAUACAAUAUCUAGGUACCAGAGCCAAACUUUGAUAUGUCCCAGCCACAGUUCGCCUGUCUUGGACAUAACAUCUCAACGAGAAACCUGCGAUGCAACAGUUCUUGGAAGUCUCAUAAAAAGUGCCACAGAGAAAGGGCUGUUUCCGCUUCCAGAAGCUCCAUUUGAUGAUUCGCUGCGGUAUUGCGGAGUCAAGGGCAGCAUCGAGACACUCAACGCCCAGACAGCCUGCGAUGUAGUUGUACAAGACGAAUCUUUACACCACGAUAUUCUGAAAAUGAUUCAACAAUCGAUCAAGUCCAUGGAUGAAAAUUUAUCUGGAUUGAGUCUGGCAGAUUGCAAGUAG